CGAAGUGCCUGCGUUCGCUACAGCGCACAGAGCGCGGGCCGGGCCGGAGCACUGUCCCUCUGCCCCUUGUCCCUCUGCUCCCUGUCCCCCGCUAUGCUGUGUGGCCGCUGGGGAAGGGGCCGCCGCCGGCCCGAGGAAUCCGCGGCGCCCGCCAGAGACGUUGUACCCCUCGCGCUCCCGCCGUCGCCGGGCGGAGUCGCCCAGAGGCCCACGUCGCGCGGGCUGAAGAAGAUGGGCCUCACAGAGGACGAGGACGUGCUGGCUAUGCUGCGGGGCUCGAGGCUGUGCAAGAUCCGCUCUCGCACUUGGCAAAAGGAGCGGCUGUACCGCCUGCAGGAGGACGGGCUCAGCGUGUGGUUCCAGCGGCGCUUCCCGCGAGCGCCCUCAAGGCACAUCUUCUUCGUGCAGCACAUCGAAGCGGUGCGCCAGGGCCACCAGUCCGAGGGCCUGCGGCGCUUUGGAGCCGCUUUUCCUCCUGCGCGCUGCCUGACCAUUGCUUUCCGCGGCCAACGCAAGAACUUGGACUUGGUGGCGCGCUCGGCAGAGGAGGCGCAGCGCUGGGUACGGGGCCUGGACAAACUGCGGGCCCGGCUGGAGGCCAUGAGCCAGCACGAGCUCCUGGACCACUGGAUCCACUCCUACCUGCGCCGGGCAGACUCCAACCAGGACAGCAAGAUGAGCUUCAAGGAGGUCAAGGGCCUGCUGCGCAUGGUCAACGUGGACAUGAACGACAUGUACGCCUACCGCCUCUUCAAGGAGUGUGACCGGUCCAAUGAUGAGCGGCUGGAGGGAGCUGAAAUUGAGGAGUUCGUGCGGCUGCUACUGAAGCGCCCUGAGCUGGAGGAGAUCUUCUGCCGGUUCUCUGGCGAAGACCUCGUGCUGAGCGCCCCUGAGCUGCGGGAGUUCCUGGAGGCCCAGGGAGAGGCGGGUGCCACGCUGGCCUGCGCGCGGCGACUUAUCCAGACUUAUGAGCUUCACGAGACAGCCAAGCACCAUGAGCUGAUGACCCUGGAUGGCUUCAUGAUGUACCUGCUAUCACCGGAGGGGGCCGCCCUGGACCCUACACAUGCCACCGUGUUCCAGGACAUGGGACAGCCCCUCGCACACUACUUCAUCUCCUCCUCUCACAACACCUACCUGACUGACUCCCAGAUUGGUGGUCUCAGCAGCACCGAGGCCUACAUCAGGGCCUUUGCCCAGGGCUGCCGCUGUGUGGAGCUGGAUUGUUGGGAGGGCCCAGGCGGUGAGCCAGUCAUCUACCACGGCCACACACUCACCUCCAAGAUCCUCUUCCGAGAUGUGAUCCAGGCCGUGCGUGACCACGCCUUCACGCUGUCCCCCUACCCUGUCAUCCUGUCCCUCGAGAACCACUGUGGGCUGGAGCAGCAGUCUGUCAUGGCUCGCCACCUGCGGACCAUCCUGGGGGACAUGCUAGUGACAGAGACACUGGGCUCCCAGGACCCCAAAGAGCUGCCUUCUCCUGAGCAACUGAAGGGCCGGGUGCUCGUGAAAGGAAGGAGGCUGCCAGCCAAGCUGGCCGAGGAUGGUUGCUCUCUGUCAGACAGGGAGGAGCAGGAGGAGGAGCAAGGGGCCCCCACAGAGACCCGGUCCCAGGCUGGUCAGGUUGCCCCCGAGCUGUCAGCGUUGGCUGUGUAUUGCUGUGCCACCCGCCUGCGGGCCCUGCAGCCCAGCCCCGGCCUGGCCAGGCCCUGCCAGGUCAGCUCCCUCAGUGAGCGCAAAGCCCGGAAGCUGCUGCGGGAGGCAGGGAACAGCUUUGUCCGGCACAACACCCACCAGCUGACCCGUGUGUACCCGCUGGGGCUGCGCAUGAACUCUGCCAACUACAGCCCCCAGGAGAUGUGGAAUGCGGGCUGUCAGCUGGUGGCCCUGAACUUCCAGACGCCAGGCUAUGAGAUGGACCUCAACACAGGCCGCUUCCUGGUCAACGGGCGGUGUGGCUAUGUCCUGAAGCCCCGCUGCCUGCGACAGCCAAACUCAGCGUUUGAUCCGGGGUGCCCUGGGCCCCCAAGCACCACACUAACAGUCCAGGUGCUCACUGCCCAGCAGCUGCCCAAGCUGAAUGCGGAGAAGCCCAGCUCCAUUGUGGACCCCCUGGUACGCGUGGAGAUACAUGGAGUCCCUGCUGACUGCGCGCGAAAGGAGACUGGCCAUGUGCUUGACAACGGCUUUAACCCACGCUGGGGGCAGACCCUACAGUUCCUGUUGCGGGUGCCAGAGCUGGCCCUGGUGCGCUUCGUGGUGGAGGACCAUGACACUGCCUCCCCCAACGACUUUGUGGGCCAGUGCACACUGCCCCUGAGCAGCCUCCAGCAAGGGUACCGCCACAUCCACCUGCUUUCCAGAGAUGGGGCCCCACUGUCCCCUGCCACACUCUUCGUGCACAUCUGCAUCCAGCACUGCUGAGGACCAGAGACGCCAGCGUUCUGGAGCUCCAGGCCACGUCUAGCACCAAGCCAGGCUCUCCCGCCUGGCACCCUGGGUACUGUGCCUGUCAGCCUCCUGGGGACCAAUGCAUGUGUCAUGUACCUGGCCAGCCGCUGCCUGACCACAGGGGCUGCAGGGCCUCGGAUACAGGGCCCAGCCCCACAUGGUGCCUUAUACAGGGCCUACUGCUACCAGGAAGCUGUGAAGCUGGCAGCCCUGCCCAGCCCUGUCUUGGGAGUGCCAAGCCCUCAGUCCCCGAGGCUUGCCCACACUCCUUCCUCCUGCUGAGCAGGAAGGAAGCUCAGGUGAAGCUGGAAACCUGGCUGUAGGUUGGCCACAGGGUCCCAGGGGGGCCCUGGGAGGGCAGUAGAGAACCAUCUGUUCUAACAAUAAAGGAGCUAUUUCACCUCACUCUGCACCUCUGUG